AUGGGUAGAGAUUUACUUUGCAAACUUAGAGCACAGAUAUUUUUUGAUGAAAAGGGAUCCGUAGGAGUGAAAUAUGGCAAUGUGAAUUUAGAGAUUCCUAAGGAAGAGGCUUGGAGAAUCAUGGUGGUGCAGGAAGUCUCAGGAGACAAAUGGAGGGAGUUCCGGGUUCCUGGGCUGUGGGUGGAAGAUAACCCCCCUGGUUUUGCUGCUCUCCACACCCCUAUCAUUGUUGAGGAACUACCAAUGAGCCUUCCUGUAUGCAUCCGCCAGAGGGGGUACCCAAGAGAGAUUGUGCAGGCUAUUCAGGAAGUCAUACAAAUGUAUCUGACUUAUAAGAUUCUAGUGCCCACUGACUCCCCAUGGAAUUCACCGAUUCUGCCUAUACCAAAAGGGGAAGGGAAAUAUCGAAUGGCUCAGGAUCUUCGUCGGGUCAACAGUUCAACAGUCACAAUUUAUCCCACGUUGCCAAAUCCUUAUGUGUUACUUGGGUUAAUUCCACCAGAAGCUAAAUGGUUUUCAGUUAUUGAUUUAAAAGAUGCCUUCUUCUCUAUACCCAUUCAUAAAAAAAGCCAGCACUUGUUUGCCUUUGAAUGGGAAAAUCCGACAACAGGAAGGAAACAGCAGUAUACUUGGACACGCCUUCCACAGGGAUAUAAAAAUUCUCCAACGCAUUUUAGCGCGGCGUUAGCUACGGACUUGGAAAUUCUAGAUUUACCCCCUCCUGAUGUUGUGUUACAAUAUGUGGAUGAUCUUUUGGUGACAGGGCAAACAGAAGAGGAUUGUCAUGCCAAUACAGCAGCCCUGUUACUUCUGUUACAAGAAAAAGGCUAUAAAGCUUCUAGGGCCAAAGCACAAUUGGUCCAAUUGAAUGUUAGGUAUUUGGGAUAUGAUAUCCAGCAGGGGCAAAGAACUUUGGGACAUGAAAGGAAGGAAGCCAUUUGUCAAUUACCAGCCCCAAGAAAUAGGAAGGAAUUGAGAGGCUUUUUAGGAGCAGCAGGAUUUUGCCGCAUUUGGAUUCCUAACUUCGCGUUGUUAGCAAAGCCACUUUAUGAAGCUACAAAAGGGAAUGAAAAGGAACCUUUGCGGUGGGAAAAAGAGGAACAGAAAAGUUUUUUGAACUUAAAACAUGCUUUGACUCAAGCCCCGAGUCUGGGACUGCCUAAUUUAGACAAACCUUUUCAUUUAUUUGUGGACACUAAACAGAAUAUGGCUGUGGGGGUGUUAACUCAGAAGAUGGGAACGUGGUAUCGACCAGUUGCAUAUUUGUCAAAACAAUUGGAUCAGGUAGCAAAAGGGUGGCCCUCUUGUCUUAAGGCUGUAGCAGGCACGGCUUUACUUACUCAGGAAGCAAAUAAACUUACUUUUGGACAGCAGUUGAAUAUCUACACCCCCCAUGCUCUUCGGGCUGUUCUGGAUCAGAAGGGCCAUUUGUGGCUUACCAAUCCACGUAUGUUGAAGUAUCAGGGGCUUAUUACACAUAACCCCCUCAUCAAACUUGUUCAGUCAUAUGCUUUGAAUCCUGCCACUCUGUUGCCUGAACCAGACUCUGAGAUCUCUCAUGAUUGUUUGCAAACUAUUGAGGAAACCUAUGCUAGUCGCCCAGAUUUGAAAGAUGAACCCUUUUCCGACCCGGAUGCAACCCUUUUUACCGAUGGAACCAGUUUUAUCCAUGAAGGUGUAAGGAAAGCAGCUUAUGCCAUAGUUACUCUUGAUGAUGUAUGGGAAGCCAAGCCCUUACCUGCAGGAACUAGUGCCCAGUUGGCAGAAUUACAUGCACUCACUAGGGCAUUGGAAUUAGCAAAAGGUCUACGUGUCAACAUUUACACAGACUCCAAAUAUGCCUUUCUUACAGUUCAAGUGCAUGGAGCUUUGUAUAAAGAAAGAGGUCUUAUUACAGCAGGAGGAAAGGACAUUAAAUAUGGACCCCAAAUUUUGCGUCUAUUGGACAGUGUGUGGGCUCCCAAACAAGUUGCCAUUAUGCAUGUACGAGGUCAUCAGAAGGGGAUUUCAACAGCUGAAAGAGGAAACCACAAGGCUGAUCAGGUGGCAAGGGCAGCAGCUUUGGAUCCAUUCUCCCUGCAAGCUAACUGCCUUACUUUGUGGAUCCCGAACCAAGAGGAUGAACCCCCCUCAUAUAGCCACUCGGAAGUCCAGCAAGCUGAAGCUAUAGGGGCAGAACUAGUAAAUGGGUGGUGGACUCUGCCGGACAACCGGGUGUUUGUACCUCAGCAGACUCUGUCCAGCCUCUACACCCUGCCAAAAGGAGAAGACGAAGGAAGGACGCCACCUCGCCUGCUGAUUCACGGGACGCAAUCGCUCUACGGCCAGGUGGUGAAGACCCCUCUGCAGGUGUCGCUCCAGAUCGCCCGAGGGGCGCCGCCAGUGCAGAUAUGGGAGGUUCCCCCUGAUUAUGAGGACCCAUUUCCUGAAGGGGGGAAUGUGAUUAGUGGGAGUACCUCGCAGCCACCAUAUGUGAGGGAUGGGAAAAAGGGCACCCAACAAACACCAGAUGUCAGGGCCCUCACAGUGACGAAUGACUCCCCUGUAAAGAGACCAUACCCAGAACCCUAUCUGGAAAGGACAGGGACUCGGGGUAAGCGGACACCCCUUGAUUUUAGUUUGGACAUGAAAUAUGACAUAACGAAUGAUCAGCUUCCGAUCAUGGUGAGGAUAUAUUGUCAAAUCAUGGGUAAUGUGAGAAAUGUGUGGUUGCUGCAAUGGUGGUCAGAUGAAGAGAAUCUGUCAAGUAUGAAACCUCAGGUACUGAGCGAGACUCGGCACCUCGGCAUAAUACGUAAUUAUGAUGAGAAAUCUAGUUGCUUGAAGGUCUGGAUCACUCAUUCUAAUUACUCGGAAUCAUACCAGUGCCGAGCUGUGACACUUGAAAUGGCUGAAGAAGUAGCAAAAGCCUUAACUGUUAAGAAUUGCUUUGUUUGUGGAGGAACUAACAUGGGAGAAAAAUGGCCAUGGGAAGCCCUCGAAGCAACCCCAGAGGUAUAUAACAAUAUGACCCUCAAAGGCAACCUCACUCAACGAACACAGCAUACGGAUAACUAA